AUGCCGAUCGCGGUGGUGAAGAAGGAGAAGGAGGAUGCCUUCGCCAGGAGAUCAUCGGCUUCCUCCAUGAGCUUCAAGAAGCUUGUACCCAAGGUGUUGCGCAGCGCAUCCAUGAAGAACCUCUUCAAAUCCAAGAAACCUAGGGCUCCGCUUUACAUUGUGCGCGAAACUAGGGAAUUGUUGUCCUACAUCUCCGCUGAGGAUGACAAUGUCAAUCCUAAACACGAUGACAAGUUGGAACAAUUGGAUGCCAAUAUCAGGGAGCUGAAGUCAAUUCUUUAUGGUAUUGACGAAUCCGAACCUGUUCCAGAAGCCUGUGCACAAUUAACUGAAGAGUUUUUUAGCGAUGACACUAUGCGGCUUCUCAUUACAUGUCUCCGAAAAUUAAACUUUGAGGCUCGAAAGGAUGCUACUCGAGUGGUUGCAAAUUUGCAAAGGCAACCAGUUCAAUCACGAUUAAUUGCUUCAUCUUACUUAGAAGCCAAUUUGGAUCUUAUAGAUCAACUGAUUACUGGGUAUGAAGAUCCUACAGUUGCUUUGCAUUUCGGAGGCAUGUUAAGGGAAUGCAUACGCCAUCAAGUUGUUGCUAGGUAUAUUUUGAAGUCGGAGCAUAUGAAGAAGUUUUUUGACUAUAUUCAAUUCCCAAAUUUUGAUGUCGCUUCAGAUGCUGCUGCUACAUUUAAGGAGCUUAUGACACGACACAAGUCCACGGUUGCAGAUUUUCUCACAGAUAAUUAUAAUUGGUUCUUUGCUGAGUUCAACUCAAAGUUGCUGGGAUCUGCAAAUUACAUGACCAGAAGACACGCUGUCAAGCUUCUUGGAGAUAUUUUACUUGACAGAUCAAAUUCUGGUACCAUGAUGCGUUAUGUCAGCUCAAAGGAUAAUAUGAGAGUGCUAAUGAAUCUUCUGAGGGAAUCACACAAGAGCAUCCAGAUUGAUGCAUUUCAUGUAUUCAAGCUUUUCGUGGCUAACCAGAACAAGCCUGCCGACAUUGCCAACAUACUAUUUGCAAACAAAAGUAAACUUUUGCGCUUUUUUGAGGAAUUCAACACAGACAAAGAGGAUGAAAUGUUUGUAGCCGACAAAGCUGAGGUCAUGAACGAAAUUAUGAAUCUUGAGCCGACAACAUCUAUUACCUGCUCUGGAGAACUAUUCAAAUCUAUAGUGGUAUAA